AUGCCGUUUGGUCUCUUUGACGUCGGUAAAGAAGUCUCUACUCCCCCUUCUGUGGGUGCUCCUUCAGCCAAUGUCGAGCCCAUUUCGGCACUUCCAGCCUCGGUUCCUACUGCAUCUGGCAGUAACCUGCCGGCUCCCGGACGUCUGCGUUCCUCCAAGGCCAGAUCUCGUUCGCCUUCUCCUCGAAGACGUUCGCGAUCUCCAGUUCCUCUGGCCUCUAGAGUCGGUCCUAGGGUGUCGAAAGGUCGCUUUACCAGCCCUCUGCGCCGUGUCUUCAGGUCCAGCCCGGAUCGUUCCAGGUACUCUCGGGGCAAUUCUCCUAGGUUGCCUCCAAUUUCCUCUUCAAAAGGGAAAGACUCUCGUCCCCUUCGGGAACGAGUGGAUUUCAUCCCUACGGGCCCUCCUCCGCCUCCAAGAGCCUCUUCGGGUUCCAAAUCAAAAGGAAAGGCUCGACGAAUUUCACCAACUCCUCCGUCAUCCAGUGUUUCCAGUUCAACUGCCAACAACGGCCUGGACGAUGUGUAUACCCCGGUUCCUGGUUCAAAGAAACCUCGACUAUUCGCUGCUCCUAUUAAGGAAUUGGUGGAUUCCAAAGCUUCUCCUUUGGCUCGAGCCAUUCAGCGUCUUGUCACGACUUACAAAAGCGACAUUGAUCACCACACUGACCAGUUUAACUGCUCGCCAAACAAACCUACCAGUUGGCCUGUGGCUCUCACCAAAGACCUUCUCAAGUACAAAGUCAUCGACCUCGAAAAACUUUGGGGAGCUAUGUCUUCUUCCCCUUUGGCGGAAAUUUUUAUUUUCGACAAACGGACCAAGAAGAUGGACGUUAAAGGCGUCACCGAUUCUUUGGAGAUCCAGGAUUUAUCGGACUUUACCCAAAUCAUGGAAGUUCUUCGCCAUGCGUAUUUGGCGGCGUUCUAUAUCGCCGAGGUUCCUAUUAAGGCCUACUUUAAGCAAAUCUCAAGUCUCUGUCGCCAUCAAUCCAAAAUUCAUUGGUCUCACGUGCGGAAUUAUGAUGCCGAAAUGCGUCAAGAAUUCUCGCAUCGACCUUCUCUGGCUUGGGGAGAUUUUGAUGCUCCAGAACUCAAGAUUUUUGAAGGAAGAAACCUUCAUGUCAAGUAUGUGGCUCCGACGGCUUCUCCCAAGAAGUUUUUGACCUCGUCCUCAGGUUACCAACCUGCUCCGUCUCAACCAAGGGCCUCCUCUAGCAGGAAGGCACCUUCAGCUCCUUCAAAGCCCAAGAAAGCUGGUUCGAAAAGAACUAAGCGGGACUUUCCUCCUUACGAAAUUAAGGACGCUACUGAUACGACGACUGCAACCGAGCCCAUCUCGUAUGCAACAAGUUGGGAUGCUUCGGUAAUCACCGCGGAAGCGUCGCUCACCGACGAACCUAAUGCCAGAAAAUUCUUUAGGAACAUGGAAAUCGACGCGCUUUGGGAAGGUUUCUCAUCUUCGGUGGAUUUUUCUAUCACGGCCGAUCCUCUCCCUUCUGCUCCUCCUCUCGAAUCCGACAUCUUUGCUGCUAGAGCCAUUCGCCGUUUCUCGCCUAUCUCUUCUUCUUCGUAA